UCAAAAUCCGAAACGCCCCACCAUUCCCCCCAAAAGAAAAUAACGCCCCAACAUCGAAUUGACGAAAUUACCCUUGGUAUGUUGUUACCGUUUGGCCGUUACAAAGGGCAAUUGUGGAAUUAAAACUGAAGUAGAAAAGCUUGGCUUGCAUGGAAACAUAUCACAGUGACAGAGAGACAGAGAGACAGAACACCUUUCAUUUUUGAGAGAGAAGAAGAAGAAGAAGAAAGAGAAACCCUUACCUAAACACAAUCACAAACCAAACUCACCUGAAACAACAACAAUGUCGAGCCUCCCAGGAGAUGCAAUCCAAAACAUCCUCUGCCGAUUAGAGGUGAAAGAUCUGCUGCGUUACAGGUGUGUUUCGAAGCCCUGGUGUUCCCUAAUCGACGAUCCACAUUUCAUCAAGAUUCAUCUCCAACACUCCAAAGAAACCGAUUCCCACCUCAGCCUCAUUCGCAACGAUCCAGAGCUCAACGCUAUCGAUGUGGACACUCUGAACUCAUCCAUACGACUCAAUCCUUUCGACGAGCGUGAUGGAGUCGAGAUUGUGGCUUGUGUCGAUGGUUUGCUGAUUCUGGCAAAUUUUAUCGGAGAUAUGGCUAUCUGGAAUCCAUCCACUAAGAAGUACAAGAAGCUUCUCGCUUCUGAUCUUAACGUGAAUCCAUUUCCUGACUGUAUAGUCGAAUAUGGAAUCACAGGAUUCGGGUACGACUCUGUAAACGAUGACUAUAAGUUGUUUAGAAUGAUAUAUUAUUUUGGGAUGGAUGUUCUCUCUUUCCACAAAGAGAUUAGACUGUAUAGCCUAAAAAACAACAGUUGGAAGAAGAUUGGUGAUUUUCCUUACGAAAGUUAUAAAACUCGUGAGAAUGGCAUCUUCGUUAACGGUACUUUGAAUUGGAUGGUGUCUGGAGAAUCCACAUCCUAUGAGUCAAUCAUAAUUGUGGGUUUCGAUCUUGCUACAGAGGAGUACCGCAAAAUCUCAAUGCCUGAGAAGAAAGAUAUUUAUGGGAAAGAGACUUUCCACACGAACAUGACUCACUUAGGGGGGUGGCUUUGUGUGGUAUGCGUUUACAGUGUGAAUGAUACAGCUAGCCGUGUUGGGAUCUGGGUAAUGAAAGAAUAUGGGGUUAAGGAGUCUUGGACUAAGCUGGCAAUGGUGAUGCCUUCCAGUGUGACUGGUCCUUUCGACUAUCUCUCUCCACUUGUCCACUUCAAGAAUGCUAAUCAGCUUCUUUUUGAUCAGAGUGGUGACAAGUUUAUGUUGUAUGAUCUGAAAAGGAAUUCUGCUAAGAGUGUGACAACCAUUUCUGCCCUUAAUAAAUGUUUUGACUCGUUUCUUUGUGUUAGAAGUCUUGUGAAAGUUUGUGGUGGUGAAAGGGGCAGCAAUGGGAAGAAGGCAGAGGAGAAUGGGAAUAAAAGAAAGAAGCAGGGCCAGCAACUUGGUGGAAGGAAGAGGGAUACUUUUCUGUCCACUGGAUUCAAAUUGGUGUUGUGAAUGGAAAACGUGAACUGAAAAGCCAGAGCCAUAGCCCACAGGUUGUAUACUGCAGGGAUUUUGGUGGCCAUGAGUUAGCUGAGGAUGAAAUGCUUUUGCAUAUAUCAUAUAUGUAGGAGGGUAUGUCCUUUUGGCAUGGACUGUGAAUCAUGUCAUAUAAUACAUUUUAUUUGGGAUUUUGUUAUUUUGUCAUAGACAAUCAAUUUCGUAUUUAUAUAUAUUGCUAGAACACUAUCUAUCUAGUGGUAUCCCUGAAUUUUGCGGAUCAAUAAAGCGUUGCUGAACUA